UAUUAUUGUUUAUAAUAUUUUAUAUUUUAAAUUUUAAACCGACUACCAAUUACCGGCCACGGUAAAUAGAGUUUAUACCGGAGACGCAUAAAAAUAAAAUACAACUAGAAAGUACAGAUUACGGGCUAUAAAUACACAAAAUCGAAAAGUGAAAACAAUAAGAGUACGGUAUUGUUACACGUCAUUUCGGUCUGUGUCUGUCGAUUUCGAUUUUUCACGCAGUUUGUCCGGAAGAAGAUCGCACGUCAGUCACCGGAAGAAAUAAUAAAUGUGAAGAAUAUUCGUCUCAUUGGUCAGUGGGUCGAUAACAAUAAUUGUUCGUCUUCGCCACCAUGGAUCCGGAUGCAGUGUGCCGGACCGUCCUCAAUGAGAUCGAAGAGUGUUUGUCGCAAAUUAAACAAAUGCCUUUGCCACCAUUUCCUGUUUACGAGAAUACAAAUAAAGCUGCCGCUUAUAUCAGCUAUCGUUUAAAAGAGUAUGAUUCUGUUGCUUAUUAUCUUUCUGAAGCUCAUGGAGGCGGAAUUCGUUCAAAACUAUCAUUGAUAAUGAAUCCAGAUACUGCAAGUAAAAAAGAACUCAACGAUUGUUUAUCCUUGAACUCAGAAUAUGUGACUAAAAGAUACAAUGGUCUUGUUGAACGUUUAAAGGAAAUGCCAUCUGAAUGGACAAUAAUACAAAUUACUAAAAACUAUAAUCCUAAAGAUGUAGUAACUCCUAGGCCUACAGAUAAACCUACAGAUGUUUCUGAACUAUUUAUAUCUAGAUAUCAGUGUGGUCAAAAACACAAGAAUAUUAAACCUUUGACUGUAAAAGUGGAUAAGCCCAAAACCAGUUUAGGACAAAAGACUAUCUUUGAAGUUCUGAAAAAAAGCUUAGAAGACACAAAUGACAGACAAAAUAAGGAUCCAUCUGCUAUUCGGAAUUUAAGGGAUUCAGCUUCCCAGUCAAUUAAAAACAUAUCACAGGAAAUUCAUACUAGUUGGAUAAAACAUUGGAUUUGUAUGUUAUUAGGCAAUUAUAUUGAUGAGAAACUUUCAGCAGAAGUCUAUAGUGUUAUUGAUAAUGUCAUAGAAGAAGAAAAUAUGACUAUAAGUGACCGAGGCAGAAUGAUUUUGUAUCAGAUAACAAAUGCAGUUGUUCAAUUGACUAAUGAUGAAAUAAACAACAUUCUUAAAGAAGUCGACUGUUCAACAGAGGAAAUAAAUAAAUUUGAAUCUGCUAUUAAUAAAUAUAAAUCAAAUGGUUCACAUUUAAUGUUGAAAAAGAGACAUUCUGUUUUGCUCAUACUAGAUGAGCAUUUAGAAUGCUUGCCAUGGGAAACAAUACCAUGUUUGAGAAGACAUCCAGUCUCCCGUGUGUCAUCUGUACAUAUUGUGCAUAGAUUAUAUCACAAACACAAGGAUUCUAUUCAAAACGGAUUAAUGAAAAUUAAGAAUCAAGGAUACUACAUUUUAAACCCCGAUAAAUCAUUGUCUAAUGCAGAAAAAAGAAUGGAGAGUUUCCUCAAAGAAAGAAAUGUGAACUGGGACGGCAUUCAAAGUCAGGAGCCUACUUCAGAACAGUUCAGUUCAUUACUUAAAAAAAAUAACAUACUAUUAUAUUGUGGCCACGGUAAUGGAACACAAUACUUGCAUAGUUUAGAUUUAGACAAAUUAGAUCUACAAUGUAUACCAAUGUUGUUUGGUUGUUCAAGUGCCAAACACACUGACAAAGGAGGAAGGUCUAAUUUUGUGGGUGCUUCUUAUGGAUAUUUAAAAGCUGGCUGUCCCUGUGUCAUUGGUAUGUUGUGGAAUGUAACAAGUUUAGAUGCUGACAACUCGGCCAGAGCCAUGCUUAAUGUAUGGCUUCCUGGAAAUCCCAUCAACCUUCAAGAGAAAUGGCCUAAAAAAUUUUUAGAUCAACAGGAUUACCCCAUGGAACGAGAACUCUUGCGUUCAUUAGCAAUUGCCAGGAAAACUACAAGAAGUUUUUUCAACUAUGCUGCUUUAGUCGCCCGAGGCAUACCGGUUAUCAUGACGGACUGAUGAUCUGGAUCUAAUAUAAUUUAUAUUUUUAAGUUACCCAAAAUGUUUAUGUUUUUUUUUUACAUAAUAUUGAAUAGUUCAAAGUAAUAUACUAUUAAGUUUAUACCUGUUUAAAAAUGUACACAUUUAUUACGAUUUGUUAAACUACAUUUUUAAGUGAUAAAUUGUUUGUAUAUUUUUUUCUCAUACUUUACUGCGCAUGUUUUAAAUUUUAUAUUUAUAAUUAUAAUUACAUAUCUCUACACA